CAGGAUUCAAACUAGAGUUUGAAUUCUACCUCUACUCAAUAACAAUGGCGACAAAUACAACAAUGAAGUGUUCAUCUCCAAUGAAAGCCGUAUCGAAUGGAAUCUUUCAAAACGACAAUCCCUUAGAUUUUGCUCUUCCUCUCGCCAUUCUUCAAAUAUGUCUUGUCGUUGUUCUAACCAGAUUCCUCGCUUUCCUUUUGAAACCAUUGCGACAGCCACGAGUAGUUGCAGAAACCAUUGGUGGUGUUUUGCUUGGUCCGUCGGCUUUUGGCCGGAGUUCGGCUUACCUACACAGGAUGUUUCCGGCAAGAAGUCUUACGGUUCUCGACACACUAGCAAACCUCGGAUUAAUCUUCUUUUUAUUCCUGGUUGGUCUUGAAUUAGACUUGAAAUCCAUUCAUAAAACGGGGAAGAAAGCAAUGAUGAUUGCUGUCGCAGGAAUCACUCUCCCGUUUGCGUUAGGAAUCGGAACUUCGUUUAUCCUACGAUCAACGAUCGAUGAAGGUGUAAACGAAGCUCCGUUUCUCGUAUUCAUGGGUGUUUCUCUAUCGAUUACAGCUUUCCCUGUUCUCGCACGUAUCUUAGCUGAACUCAAGCUUUUAACGACGGAAGUUGGUCGGUUGGCAAUGUCGGCUGCGGCCGUUAAUGACGUUGUUGCUUGGAUUCUAUUGGCACUCGCGAUUGCGUUGUCGAGUAAAGGUCAUUCUCCGGUUAUAUCGAUUUGGGUUUUCUUAUCGGUUAUCGGGUUUGUCUUAAUUUGCGCGUUUGUGAUCCCUAAAACUUUCAAUUGGAUGGCUACUCGUUGCCCCGAAGGAGAACCUACUAAUGAGUUUUACGUUUGCGUUACGUUUACGAUUGUAUUAGCGGCGGGAUUUGUAACCGACGCUAUUGGUAUUCACGCACUUUUUGGUGCUUUCGUGGUUGGAAUUCUCAUUCCGAAAGAAGGGCCGUUUGCAGGAGCUUUAGUGGAGAAAGUUGAGGAUUUAGUGUCGGGUUUGUUUCUUCCUUUGUAUUUCGUAUCGAGCGGUUUGAAAACAAACGUCACGACAAUUCAAGGGGCGCAAUCGUGGGGUCUUCUUGUUUUGGUUAUUUCAACUGCUUGUUUGGGGAAGAUUGUGGGUACAGUUGUUGUUUCUCUUUUGUGUAAACUGCCUUUUCAAGAAGCUGUCGCUUUAGGAUUCUUGAUGAAUACUAAAGGAUUGGUUGAACUCAUUGUUCUUAACAUUGGCAAAGACAGAGGAGUGUUGAACGAUCAGACAUUCGCGAUCAUGGUACUAAUGGCGUUAUUCACAACAUUCAUAACAACUCCAAUUGUCAUCGCGGUUUACAAACCAGCAAAACAGAACGUCUUCCGUUCCCAACACAAACAGAGGACAAUUGAGAGAAAACAAACCAACAAAUCUCCGCUUCGAAUUCUCGCUUGUUUCCACACCAAUAGAAACAUUCCAUCUUUGCUUAACCUAAUCGAAGCUUCUCGAGGAACUUCUGGAGGGCUUCACGUUUACGCAAUGCAUCUAAUUGAAUUAACAGAGAGAUCUUCCGCCAUUAGAAUGGUUCAAAGAGCUGAAAAAAACGGACUCAAUCAGAUUAUAGUGGCGUUUGAAGAUUUCAAUUUGCUGAGUAAAGUAUCGAUCAAAUCCAAGACAGGGAUUUCUAGAAUGUCUAAUAUGUACGAGGAUAUAUGUACUAUGGCUGAAAACAAACGUGUAUCGAUUAUAAUCCUUCCGUUUCAUAAACACCAAAGACUCGACGGGCAGUUUGAGAUUACUCGAUCUGAAUAUAAACAAAUGAAUUUGAAUGCCCUAGAACAUGGGCCGUGUUCUGUUGGGAUAUUUGUCGAUAGGGGACUUGGAGGGAACAGUCAUGUAACGGCUAGGAAUGUAAAUUCUGUUUUUACCGUUAUAUUCUUUGGUGGAUCCGAUGAUCGUGAAGCCCUUUCUUAUGGUGCUCGAAUGGCAGAGCAUCCUGGAAUUACGUUGGUUGUGAUUCGAUUUGUUUACGUUGGGGAAGAACAUGUUAAAGUUAAUGUCGAGAAAACCGACAUGAAAGAAAGAUUGUCGGAUGACGAAUUGUUCUUAUCGAGAUUCAGGGAUAAUAGUUCGAUUAAAUUUGAGGAGAGGAUUGUGAGUAGUGUUGAUGAAAUGGUGGAAGUUAUUCAAGAAAGUAGCCGUUGUAAUUUGUAUUUGGUCGGGAGGACGCCGGAGGGACAAUUGGCGGCGGGUUUGAAGGUGAUGUCGGAUUGUUCGGAUUUGGGACCGGUCGGAGGUUUGUUGACUUCGCCGGAGUUUUCAACGACGGCGUCGGUUUUGGUGGUGCAGCAGUAUGUUAAUUGAACCGGGUUUAAUUACUAUGUUUUUACAUUUUGUGUGGCUAAAAUAUGUAUGUUAUUGUGUGUUUUUUUUUAAGUAUUAAUGUUUCACUUGACUGUGAAAUAUUUAUAUUUAUAUUUUAAUUAUCCAAUUUGUAUUUUCUUUAUUUGGGUAUGGAGAAUCUUUUGAAUCUGAAAGUCG